CACAAAUAACAAUCAAUACUCAGCUGACAUCUUCAUCCAAAUUGAACGUAAUCCUUGAAAUCGUCUCUGAUUCUACUCCAUCCCCAUACUACAAUGGCAAGCCCUGAUUCUGAUUCUGUUCCUGACCCUGCUCCUCUCUCUCUCAAGAACGAUAAUGUGAAGCCCAUGAACUCAAAAAUUGCGGGACCGAGUGAAUCGAGACAAGAGUUGCUGAGUAGAAUUCAAAAUUUGAAACAGGAUCUGCAGAGUUGGAGAUCGAAAUUAGACACUCAAUUUACGACCUAUAGCGAUGAGCUUUCUGAACUCAAGAAAUCACUCAAUGUUGAAGUGGAGCAACUUCGAUCAGAAUUCCAAGAACUGAGGACCACUCUUCAGCAGCAACAAGAGGAUGUUGCUGCAAGCUUAAGAAAUUUGGGACUGCAGGAUGCUUCAGAAGAAGCAAAAAGCGCUGGAGGUCCCAACUCCCAAGAUUGA